UUUCAAUCUCUUGUUUUGUUUUCUUCAACUUUUCCUAGUCGAUUGGACCAAUUUGAAUUAAUUUCGUUUUCUUUCACCUUAAUAAUGUCUUCAGAAUCUUCAACUUCUAUUAAAUUUCUCGACCGUGAAACAAUUGGUAAAAUAUCUGCUGGUAAAGUGAUUCCAAGUCUCUCUAAUGUGGUUAAAGAAUUGAUUGAAAAUUCAAUUGAUGCAAAUGCUACUUACAUUGAAAUAAGAUUCGUCGAUUAUGGUAAAGAAUUGAUUGAAAUUUCGGAUGAUGGAAGCGGAAUCCAAGAAAUAGACUUUCCGAACUUGGCCUUACCUCACUAUACAUCUAAAUUAAAACACUACAGAGAUCUUGGGUCCAUCAAAAGCUUCGGUUUCAGAGGUGAAGCUUUGGCUUCAAUUGCCGAAUUAUCAGAUUUAUCGAUUGUUACCAGACAUAAGUCAACAGAAAUAGCGAAUGAGCUUCAUUUCAACAACUCCGGUGAACUAAUAUCUGUUAAACCAACCGCUCGGCCUGUUGGGACUACAAUUAGGAUUAAAAGUCUAUUCAAAAGUUAUCCCGUUCGGAGGAAGGAAUUUGAAUCUACCUAUUUAAAGCAAUUUAACAACAUGAUGCAGUUUAUUUAUCCAUAUGCAUUGGGAUUCACCAGUUUACGUUUACUGGUCACAAAUUUUGUUAAUGGCCGGAAAAAUGAAGUUCUCAACAUUGAACCCAAAUCCAUCAAAGAUAAUAUCAUUCAGCUACUUGGUUGUAAACAAAUGAAGACAAUUCAACCAUUUAUUCAACAUUCAAUCAAAGAUGAAGUAGCUGUUGAAUAUAAACUGUCAUCUUCUUAUAAAGACGAUGAAAAAGAAAUCAGGAUCACCGGUUAUGUUUCACAUGGAGAUAAAGCUCCUUCCAAGCUGAAAAAAGUUUAUUUCUUCUUGAAUCAUAGACCAGCCAAUUAUAAUCCUUUGGAAAAGUUAAUUCUCUCAGUCUACAAGGAGAUCAAUCAAACACUUAAUCCAUUCGUUUUGCUUUUUGUCGAUUUGGGUAAACAUGAAAUAGACUUUAGCGUCCAUCCCGACAAAAGAACAUUUUCUCUUCCCCAAGAGAAUCUUUUAUUCGCUAUCCUUAAAUCAUCUCUAUUAUCGAUGUUUGAAACAAACACGGUGGUUUUGGACUCCGUUAAACCUGCACCUUUCACAAGUACACAAAAGUCAACCAAUAAACGACCACUUGAUGAUUUCGAUGAUGAUCUACCAGAUUUAGAUGAAGACGAGAUAAACACCAUCAAUGCUUAUGUAAAUAAUACACUAUUAAGAUGUAGUUCACCAGCUGAUUCGUAUAUGCGAACUCCAGUUUCUCAACCUGAACGAAAUCAAAGUACACCAGUUAGUGCAGUAAAUACGAGUUUGGAUCUACACACUCAGAAUUUAGGUAGAUCAGAAUUGAAUACAAGUGAUGAAAAUGAACCUGAAGUUGGUGUAUUUAAUCCUGUUCGAAAUAUACUUCGAGAGUCAGAGCAAAUAGAACAAGCCGAUGAUAAUCAACAGAACAAAAAUAAAAAAAUUGAGAGUUUUUCAAUUUUUACUAAUCAAGAUCGAUCAGCUAAAUAUAGUUCUGAUUUUAGUAAUGGAUCUAAGGCCAAUAAAAGCUUCAGUAAUCCUGGACUACGAAGUUUAUCUCAGUUCACCUUCAAUAAGAAAAAAAAGACUCAAGAUAAUAAUAAUGAUCAUCAUCAAUUAUCUGUUCGCGAUAUUUUUUCAAUUGUACCAAAAUCUAGUAAUUUAGAUGACACAACAGAUCGAAAUGAGCUUGCAAUUCAAGCUACACCCGAAAUCACCGUUGACCUGUCAUUAGAUAUUCCAACCACGAGCGGAAUCAAUCAAACUGAAACUGAAACUCAACCGAAAACCGUUAAGACCAAAAAAGUUAUCACCGAUGAACGAUUGGUUGAUAUGGCCAGGAAAAGGAUUCCCUAUAAGUCAUCAAUUGACCGAAAUAAACUGUUGAAAUAUUAUGAAAAUCAAAAUUCCCAACCUGAUGUUAGAUGUUCAAAAUUUUUCACCAAAUUAACCGAUUGUGAUCAAAUUCAGGCAGAGAAUGAAUUAAAAAGGGAAAUGCAAAAGGAAGCCUUCAGUGAGAUGCAGAUAAUUGGUCAAUUUAACAAAGCAUUUAUAAUUGCUAAAUUAGAUGAUGAUGUUUUCAUAAUUGACCAACACGCAAGUGAUGAGCGUUACAAUUUUGAAGAUCUUCUUGAAAACACCGUUUUAGAAUCUCAAAGAUUAGUCAACCCAAUUCCAUUACAGUUAACAUGCUACCAGGAAUCAAUUAUUGCAAGUAACUUGGAAACCUUUGAAAGAUUAUCGUUUAAAAUUGAAAUCAGAGAUGAAAAUCCCCCUGGAUCUAAGGUAUAUCUCGCCUCAGUGCCAACUAGUCAAGACGCUGUAUUUGGAAAAGACGAAAUCGAGGAAAUCUUAGCACAAAUAGAGGAAACAGGAAGUGGUUGCAACAACUAUAAACCAGAGAAAAUGAUUAAAAUGAUUGCAUCUCGAGCCUGUCGUAAAUCAAUAAUGAUAAACGAUUCUCUUGAUCACAAGAGGAUGAGAAAUGUCCUAAAUAAUCUGGUUCAUUUACGAAACCCUUGGAUCUGUGCCCAUGGUCGACCAACAAUACGAUUCCUAUUCAAUAUAAACGAGAUCAAAUCUCAAUCAAAUAUGUGAUAAAAAGAAACGAUUAACAUAAAAAUUAAUCAUUUCCUCUUUUUUUUCUUUGUUUAAAAGGAAAGAAACAUUUAUUUAUUUUCUUUUUGUAAUUAAGGCACCGCUACAAUCAAUUCGUGUGUAUUUCAUAAUUACUAGAGUUUGAAAAAUUACAUGAUUAUAUUCCUGAAGAAUGAAACAGGAAAAAAAAAUUACGAGGAAAAAAAAUGAGAAAGUCGAUUGACUCAUGAAUUUUUCUUUGGUUUUAUAGCUUUCGUGAGUCUCAUGAAUGAAUUGAAGCCAAACAUUGAUGAUGAUUUUAAGAGAGAAAGAGAUAUAGAGAGAACGAAACAAAAGUUUGACCAAUGGUCAAGAAACUUUCAUUUCCAUUGAUAAUUUAUCAAGAAACAAAAAAAAAAGAAAA